UGCGCAGACUCCGUCUCGCGUUUCCUAAGGGAGAGGAGAAAAAAAGAUGGUGGCUGGUGUGUAAAUUGGAGCAGUGCCGGAGAUAUAUAAUUAUAUAUCAAAUUAUCCGCAAUACAGAAGUGGAGGAAGCCAUUCCGAGCAAGAAGACAGACAGAGGAAGGGGUGGGGACGAAACAAGGAAAAUCAAGCCCCUUUCCCAGAAAGCUAAGGCCAGCAGAGAAGCAGACAGAUCCAGGGAAAGGACAAGAGCGUUGGGAGCUCCUGCUGAGUUUGAACUGUACACCUAUAACACUGGGAGGGAAUUCUAGGAUUUUGACCUGAUAAAACCGAAGAAACAACAUUGUUUCCAAGAGAGGAUGAGUGGUUUGAAAGAGCAGAAACACAUUCAGAUCUGUGCAGUUUCCUUGGUAAGAAGUUGAACAUUGAAUCAAAAUUGAAGAUGUCUCGGAGCCCUGAUACAAAGGAGGAUCCUGUUGAAUGCCCUCUCUGUAUGGAGCCCCUUGAGAUAGACGAUAUCAACUUCUUUCCAUGCACCUGUGGCUACCAGAUCUGUCGUUUCUGUUGGCACCGUAUACGCACAGAUGAGAACGGUCUCUGUCCAGCCUGUAGAAAACCUUACCCAGAAGAUCCUGCAGUCUACAAACCACUUUCUCAAGAAGAGCUACAGAGAAUAAAAAAUGAGAAAAAACAAAAGCAGAAUGAGAGGAAACAGAAAAUCUCAGAGAACCGCAAGCAUUUGGCUAGUGUACGUGUUGUACAGAAGAACCUAGUCUUUGUGGUAGGUCUAUCACAGCGACUAGCAGAUCCAGAGGUUUUAAAACGGCCAGAAUAUUUCGGGAAGUUUGGUAAAAUACAUAAAGUUGUCAUCAACAACAGCACAUCAUAUGCAGGUUCACAGGGUCCCAGUGCUAGUGCUUAUGUAACCUACAUACGGUCUGAAGACGCACUAAGAGCGAUACAGUGUGUAAAUAAUGUUGUAGUGGAUGGCAGGACACUUAAGGCAUCUUUAGGUACAACGAAGUAUUGCAGUUAUUUCCUAAAGAACAUGCAGUGUCCUAAACCGGAUUGUAUGUAUUUGCAUGAGCUAGGGGAUGAAGCAGCCAGUUUCACAAAAGAAGAAAUGCAGGCAGGCAAACAUCAAGAGUAUGAACAGAAGUUGCUUCAGGAACUUUAUAAAUUGAACCCCAACUUUUUGCACCAGUCAUCCAGCACAGUCGACAAAAAUAAGAAUAAAUUGGCUACACAGCAGAGGUAUGAUGUACCCAACUGUAGUAAUAACGAUGCCUGGCCGUCAUUACUGAGCACAGCUAAAGCAGCCAAUGGUCUAACACUCGAACACAGGAAAACGCCUCCUAUAAUUGAUAUUGGUUCAGAACUCGAACACAUGACCCCAGAUGGUCCUGGCUCAGAACUCAGACCCGUGGAUAAACCACCAGAAGCACUCAGUCUAGGAAAUGGAGACAAUUUACAACAGAUCCCAACCAGUGAAACACCGUCACCACCCCCAGGCUUAACAAAACCCAACCCAGUCGUCCCCAUUAGUUCAUCGAAUCAUAAUGCAAGGUCCCCUUUCGAGGGGGCUGCAGCAGAAUCCCAGUCACUCUUUUCAGACAACAGUAACUUCAGACAUCCCAAUCCCCUCCCAAACAGCCUGCUUUAUCCCACUUCAUCACCAUCAACACACGACUGGCCAACAGCACCAGAGCCACAGAGUCUCUUCACAUCAGAAACAAUCCCAGUAUCCUCAUCAACAGAUUGGCAAGCGGCUUUUGGGUUUGGCUCCUCCAAACAGCAAGAGGAUGACCUGGGUUUUGAUCCAUUCGACAUCACCAGGAAAGCCUUAGCAGACCUGAUAGAGAAAGAACUCUCAGUCCAGGACCAGCCUUCCAACACAAGCCUCACUUCCCUCACCUCACUACAGACCCCUCCGCAAACUGCAAACAAAGGCAUUGGUGGCUUCUUGACCCCCUCUGCUGCCACAACUGCCAACUCCAUAGGCAACUCUUUCCCCAACUCCAUAUUACCGCGGAGGUUCCCAGCUUUUCAGCACAGAGCCGUCUACAAUUCGUUCAGUUUUCCGGGUCAGGCACGGUACCCAUGGAUGGCCUAUCCUCACAAUAGCAUGAUGCACUUGAACCACACAGCAACACCCACCUCGAACAGUAAUUUCUUGGACUUAAAUAUACCACCUCACAGCACAGGACUUGGUGGAAUUCCUAUAUCAGACAGCAGCAGUAAUGUGGCAAGUUUAAAUGUGAAAGAGUGGCAGGAUGGUCUACGGGCACUGUUACCAAAUAUUAACAUCAAUUUUGGGGGACUACCAAAUGCUGCUUCCUGCUCUUCAGUGAACCAUGCAGCACCAACCUCAUCCAACAGCACCAGCCUGAACUGGGAGAGUGGGAGUGGCUGGAUGGACCCAGCAAUUAUAACAGGUGUCCCAGCAUCUACGGGGAACAGUUUAGAUACUCUGCAGGACGAAAACCCUCCACAUUGGCUGAAGUCGCUUCAGACACUGACAGAAAUGGACGGCCCCACAGCAGCACAGACAGGGCACAGUAACCCCUUCAACACACAGAUCCCCUUACACAGAGCUGGCUGGACCCCUUACCCUCCACCCUCCAACCCAGGCAACUUCCACUCUCCACCUCCAGGCUUCCAGAGCACCUUCAGACCCCCCAACAAAACCCCCACAGAUCUUCUACAGAGCUCUACAUUGGAUCGUCACUAAGGAAAACUGAAUUACUCCCUUCUUCUCUCUCCUUCUGUCUUUCUCUUUUUCUUUUUCCUCUCUCCCUCAGUCCAAACAGUCUCAGUUCCUGAUCAGUGCCCGAUGCAAUGCAAUCGCAGCAUUAUGUUAGAAUUACCGGGAGAUUUUUCUGCUCACCAGUCUUUUGACAGCAUUCUGUCGUCGUCCUCCUCCUCCUCCCUCCCCCCCCCCCCCCCCCCCCCCCCCCCAUCCCCCGCCUUGGGUGGGCUGUUGUGCCUCCUGCUGACCAGUGUCUGAUCUACAAGAGCUGCCUAAAAUAAUAGAAUAAUACAGCAUCAAACAAAGCCAUUUGGCCUAUUGUGCCUGUACCUUUUGCAAUAUAAAAUUAUGCCUCACAUUGCAGUCAAAUUCACAAAAAAGUUGUGUGUGAAAAUUGCACACUAACAUACAUACAGGAGAGCUGGUAUCAAAGUUCAUCCUUCAUGUAUAAUUAAGAGUUUGACUUUGUGGUCAGCAGGAGUAUGGCAUGCUGGGUAAGCAUUUUGAUUCGUGGUAAUAAAUGGGCAUGUAGCUGAGGAGUGGAUGAGUUGACUAAAACGAUUUGAUUUUUUAAUUUUGACUUUAGCUUAAAUAAUACAAGAGAUAUGUUUUAAAAAGCAUUCACAAAUUUAAUACCUAGACAACAAUAAAAGAACUGCUGAACACAGAGUGGUAUAUACUCAUUUCUUUAUCUGUCUUUCUCUGUGUCUGUCUGUCUCUCUUGGCAUUUAAAAUUCACUGGAAUGGGAGCUCUGGGAUAGCACUGCAUUGGGGGUCACUUGAUUCAUCAGGAGCACAAUUUCUUGAAACUCUGCCUGCCGCUUCAAGUAACCUGUAGGUUCUGGACAUCGUGCAGUAUUUGAAGAGAGUGUGGUUAACCUCGACGCUAAAACUAAAAAAAAUUGUACCUCUUCAGAUUCGAAACUAAAUCUUAAAUAAUAAAAAGAAAAUACUUG